CCUGAUGCUCUGCCAGAUCAUGCCUCACGACUUAUACAAAGUACAUUUGUAGGCCAAUCUUCCGCCGGAUUGGUUGAGUUAAGGACCGGGCCGAAUAAGCCGGUGCUGGGCGGAAUGUUUCGCGAUCGAUAAUCUGGGCGCGAACACACGCUUGUCCGUCUCCGCCAUCGUCCCCCCUCGAACGCCCCUCAAAAGCCCGACCUACUAGAAGAUCCAAAGCCGAGUCCUCGAUCGCGCACCCCGCAUUCCACCAUGUCUUCCCCCCAGCCCCGCACCUUCGUGCUCGCGUCGCGCAAGUCGCCAAUGGCGCAGGCGCAGACCGUCCAGGUGCAAGCCGCGCUCCGCGCCCUCGACACCUCCCCCUCCGCCCCCAAAUUCGAGACCUCGUUCAUGUCUACCGCAGGCGACAAGAACCAGGUGCAGGCGCUGUACUUCCUCGGCGGGAAGGAGCUGUGGACGGGGGACCUUGAGGUGGCGCUGAAGGAGCGCGCGGCGGAUAUGCUGGUGCAUAGCUUGAAGGACGUACCGACGGUGUUGCCGGAGGGGUUCGUGCUGGCGGGGAUAUCGGAGAGGGACGAGCCGGUGGAUGUGAUGUGCGUGAAAGCGGGGAUGCCGUGGAGGACGCCGGAGGAGCUGCCGGAGGGGAGCGUGGUGGGGACGAGCAGCGUGCGGAGGAUCGCGAUGCUGAAGAGGCGGUUUCCGCAUCUGAAGUUCCUCGAUGUGCGCGGCAACAUUGCUACCCGCCUCGCAAAGCUCGAUGACCCUGCCCUCCCCUACGCCGCCCUCAUCGCCGCCAAGGCUGGCCUCGUCCGCGUCAACCUCCAACAUCGCAUCACCUGCGACCUCGCCCCACCCACAUACUCCUACGCCGUUGGUCAAGGCGCGCUCGGUAUCGAGGUUCGCGCCGACGACACUGAGGCGCUCGCCCUCUGCAAGCGAAUCACCCACUGGCCAUCCCUGUGGCGCUGCCGUGCCGAACGCGCAUGCUUGCGGGAGCUCGAGGGCGGCUGCAGUGUGCCCGUAGGUGUCGUUAGCGCUAUCGAGAUAGAAAACGAGGGCGAGGGUGAAGAGGCAGUGGGGCGCGCGGGCGUGCUCUCGCUAACGGCAGGCGUGACGUCGGUGGACGGGACGGAGCACGUCCAGCACGAGAUCCGGGAGCAUGUACGGAGCGUGGAGGAGGCGGAGGCACUGGGCGUGCGGAUGGCGAAGACGCUGAAGCAGAACGGCGCGCAGAAGAUAUUGGAGGACAUCACGCUCGACCGGCAACGAAGGAUGGAGGAGGCGCAGCGGACGGACGACUUGAAGAAGCUGAAUCAGACGGUUGAGUGAAUGCUCAUCGGUGUAUAUCUUACUGU